GGCAGCGCCACUCCGCUCCCGCGGCGGCCAGCCCGGAGCCGGAAGUGCCACGUGUCCGGACUGCGCCUGCGCGGCCGGCGGCUGACAGACACUUCCGGCCAGGGCCUCCCUCGGCUCCCGGUUUGGCUGCCGCCCGCCCGAUUCCCAAGCCUCGACUCAAGGUCCGAGCCGUGGCCGCCGGCGGGCGGGGACAGUGAGGCGCCAUGUCCCGGCCUUGAUGCGCCGACCCUGAGUCCUAAGUCGUGAGCCUCCUCUUUUCACUUUGAGAAACCGCCUUUCGGCUCUGGUAGAGCCCGACCAUCCCCUUCCCACCUUCGAGAACCACCCGCUGUCAUGUCCCAGUCCGGGAUACCUGCCUCCGGCGCUCCGCCAACCGGCCUCCAGGCACAGAACGGGGCCGCCUCGGCCUCCGGGUCUCCCUACAGCAACGGUCCUGUACAAAAUGUUCUGAUGUCUUCACAAGUGUCAGUGAGCCGAGGCUAUAACUCACAGCUUCCAGGAUCCUACCCUCAUCUAAUACCAGCAAAGACUUUGAAUCCAGUCUCUGGACAGUCUAACUAUGGUGGUUCUCAGGGAUUGGGGCAGACUUUGAAUAGACCACCUGUGGCUUCUCAUCCAGCGAUGCCCACGCUCCAUAGUGGUCCUGUUCCUCAAAUGCCACCUCCUGGUUCUCAGAACCCAGCUGCUACACCAAUGCCUUCUGGUAGUUUUCUUCCUGGAACCAACUUGUCAGCACCCUUGAACUGGCAGUAUGCCUAUCCAUCUUCAGGUUCACAGACAAACCAUUUUCCUCCUUCAUCAUCCCAACUAACUGUAUCUGGGAAUACAAAUUUAACAACAAAUCAUCAGUAUGUUUCUUCUGGGGAUCCUUCACUUCAAAACAGCCUCAUAAAGUCAUCAGGUUCUGCAGCACCCUUAAGAAAUCCACCUCUGCCUGCCACUUUUCAGCCGGGAGCUCCUCACGCGCUCCCUCCUCCACCUCGAGGCCCAGCUCCCGUGCGGGCGCCCACCCCGCAGCCAUCGUCACAGGGAGUGGUGCAGCCUUCAUUUAAUUCAACUGGCAGUCAGGAAGGUAUUACAUCAGAUACUAAGAACGGAACAACGAUGGCCCACAAUAGCUAUGAUGAGAUUGAAGGAGGUGGCUUCUUGGCAACACCACAGCUUACUAAUAAGAAUCCUAAAAUGAGCCGAAGUGUUGGAUAUUCCUAUCCCUCCUUACCACCUGGUUAUCAGAACACAGCGCCACCUAAUGCAACUGGAAUCCCACCCUCUUCCUUGAAUUAUCCCAGUGGGCCACAGGCCUUUACUCAGACUCCCUUAGGUGCUAAUCAUUUAACUGCAAGUAUGAGUGGAUUAAGUCUACAUCCAGAGGGUCUAAGAGUUGUCAAUCUUCUUCAAGAAAGAAACAUGCUUCCCUCAACACCUUUGCAGCCUCCGAUUCCAAAUCUGCAUGAAGACAUCCAGAAACUCAACUGUAGCCCAGAGCUGUUCCGAUGCACGCUGACUGGUAUUCCUCAGACUCAGGCCUUACUGAAUAAAGCCAAGCUUCCUUUGGGGCUGCUGCUUCAUCCUUUCAAGGACCUAGUGUUGCCUGUGGUUACCUCCAGUACAAUUGUGAGAUGCCGUUCGUGCAGGACAUACAUCAACCCAUUUGUCAGCUUUCUGGAUCACAGGAGGUGGAAGUGUAACUUAUGUUACCGAGUCAAUGAUGUUCCAGAGGAAUUCAUGUACAAUCCUUUGACCAGAGUUUAUGGAGAACCUCAUAGAAGACCUGAAGUUCAAAAUGCUACUAUUGAGUUUAUGGCUCCUUCAGAAUACAUGCUGCGGCCGCCUCAGCCUCCGGUGUACCUUUUUGUAUUUGAUGUAUCUCAUAAUGCAGUUGAAACUGGAUACUUGAAUUCAGUUUGCCAGAGUCUGUUAGAUAAUCUGGACUUGCUUCCUGGCAACACUAGAACAAAAAUUGGCUUCAUAACAUUUGACAGUACAAUCCAUUUCUAUAGUCUUCAAGAAGGUCUCUCCCAGCCGCAGAUGCUGAUAGUCUCAGAUAUUGAAGAUGUUUUCAUACCUAUGCCAGAGAACUUGCUAGUUAAUUUAAAUGAAAGUAAAGAGCUUGUCCAAGACUUACUGAAGACUUUGCCGCAAAUGUUCACCAAGACACUAGAGACCCAGAGUGCCUUGGGUCCUGCACUUCAAGCUGCCUUUAAGCUGAUGUCCCCAACUGGAGGCCGAAUGUCUGUUUUUCAAACACAGCUCCCAACUCUUGGGGCAGGAGCCCUGAAACCUCGCGAGGAACCCAACCAAAGGUCAUCUGCUAAGGAAAUACACUUGACUCCAUCCACUGAUUUCUAUAAGAAAUUAGCCUUGGACUGUUCUGGUCAACAGGUAGCUGUUGACUUAUUCCUUCUCAGUGGACAGUAUUCUGAUUUGGCUUCUCUGGGUUGUAUUUCUCGAUAUUCAGCAGGUAGUGUGUAUUACUAUCCCUCCUACCAUCAUCAGCACAACCCAGUACAAGUACAAAAAUUCCAGAAGGAGCUACAGAGAUACCUCACGCGGAAAAUUGGCUUUGAAGCCGUCAUGCGAAUUCGGUGCACCAAAGGUCUUUCCAUCCAUACUUUCCAUGGGAACUUCUUUGUUCGGUCCACAGACCUUCUGUCUUUGCCUAAUGUCAACCCAGACGCUGGCUAUGCAGUACAGAUGUCUGUGGAAGAGAAUCUCACUGACACCCAGCUGGUUUCUUUUCAGUCAGCACUCUUAUAUACAUCCAGCAAAGGUGAAAGAAGAAUCCGUGUGCAUACUUUGUGCUUGCCUGUGGUCUCCAACUUGAAUGAAGUCUUUCUUGGAGCUGAUGUUCAAGCAAUUGCAGGCUUGCUGGCCAAUAUGGCUGUUGACAGAUCCAUGACUGCAAGUCUGAGCGACGCUCGAGAUGCUCUGGUGAAUGCCGUCAUUGACUCGCUUUCUGCUUACCGAGCCUCAGUCCUCAGUAACCAGCAGCCCGGCCUCAUGGUUCCUUUUUCUUUGCGACUCUUCCCGCUGUUUGUGCUGGCUCUCCUUAAACAGAAAUCAUUCCAGACUGGGACAAAUGCACGUCUAGAUGAACGUAUUUUUGCUAUGUGUCAAGUGAAAUGUCAGCCCUUGGUUCACCUUAUGCUUACCACGCAUCCCAGUUUGUACAGAGUCGACAAUCUCUCAGAUGAGGGUGCCCUCAACAUCAAUGACAGAACAAUACCUCAGCCUGCACUUCUUCAGCUCUCAGUGGAAAAGCUGAGCAGAGACGGGGCAUUCCUCAUGGAUGCAGGCUCGGUCCUGAUGCUUUGGAUUGGAAAAAAUUGUGCACCGCAUUUCCUAAGCCACGUUCUAGGAGUUCAAAACUAUGCAUCAAUUCCACAGAUUAUGACAGACCUUCCAGAACUUGAUACACCAGAAUCUGCCAGAAUGAUCGCUUUCAUCUCUUGGCUUAGAGAACAGAGACCGUUUUUCCCAAUACUUUAUGUAAUAAGGGAUGAGAGUCCAAUGAAAGUAAACUUCCUUCAAAACAUGGUCGAAGACAGGACAGAAUCUGCGUUGUCCUAUUAUGAAUUCCUGUUGCAUAUACAGCAGCAAGUGAACAAGUGAAGAGAUGAAGACAUUUCAUUUAGUUACUUCUAAGGAAAGUCAGAAUAACGCAGAAUGCCCGGGGAUGUGUAAUACUUCCUUCUCUAUGAGUUUGUGGACUGAUAGGAUAAUUAAGAUGUUCUCACUGUGAUUUCAACAAACUAUAGCAAAUAAAGGACCACAGCAGAGAAUCAAAAUGCAACUCUGAAAUACUGUAUUUUUCAAAUCAAAAUGUAUCUACAUAAGAUUGGAUACCUUUUUUCCUUUGCCAAUUAUGUUUGAGUUAUUAUGGAUUGAAAUAAGAGAAGACAAUAUUGCAGAGGCAAAGUACAUUUUGUAAAAUAAAGACUUCUGUGUUCCACGUGUAUAUUUAUCAUUUUUUAUUUUUCUGAUUUUUUUUUGGCUGCUACAUUUAAGACCUCACAACCUAAGUGUUGCAGGGAAGUUUCAAAUUCAUCGAUAAAUAAUCUUUUUAAAAUAAAAUUCAGAAGUAAAAGAAUACAGAAAAUGAAAAUUUGUUCCCGAAGCUGGUUUUCCUUUUUUUCAGGAAGAAAAAAGAUCAUGUUAAGUUAACUAACUGUGGCUCUAGAGGACUGUGAAGUAAGGCGUUCAAGCUUUCAUGUCUGUCAGUAUUCUCUGUUUCUUAAGAACAAACACAGUUUGAUUUGAACUGCAAACUGUAAUUAGAUAAUUUCCUGCUUUGGCUGAAGAAGACUUGUACAAAGAAUUGGAGCUGUCUUCAUAAGUUUUUGUGACUGGUAAUGAUUACAGGAAGAUGGAAACUUCAUUUGGAUGUUUCAAGUACGUUUUUAUUUAAUCAAUCUGAUCUGUAUUGUAUAUUGGAAGUGUUAUUUUGGGUGAAAUGAAAGUGAACGAAGCUCAAGGUUUCAUCAAUGGUAUAUCAACUGCAUCAGUAACAUUUUUGUCUAAGGAGUUUAACUGUUAAAUUGGAUGCCACGUAUAAAACAUAUUUAUUCUUGCAUAUUAAGAUAUUAACGAUCAAGUGCUACUGUCUGAUUUAGUAACAAGUAAGAGUACAUGAGUCCAUUAUGUUGAGAUGUAUAAGAAGUUAAGUUUUCUGAACGUAUUUCUUAAGACUGCAUUUUUGAUUCGGCUAGAAAAAUAGUCAAAACUAUUGAUUGCUUUUGUUUACAAGUAAAUUAUACAUCUGUAUAUUUAAAGUGCUGUGAUACGAUAUCUUGAAAAGUGUGGCUCGUUUUCAAUGAUUGCAUAUGAAUUUCUUUAAAGAUGUUCAUAUGUGAUACUUGAUGAAGAGAUCUUUUGUUUUUUUUUUUAAUGGGUUAGAAAUGUGUUUACAAUCUUCUGUGAUCACCAAUGAUAUAGUAACCUUCAGGUUUCUAUCUCUCGGGGAUGACUGGCUGAGCUGUCAGGCCAGAAGAAGCAGGAAGUAUACACCUCUUUAUGGCUGACUUACAGUCGGUGUGCCCUGUAGGACUACCAUGAGGUUUUUUUUUUUCCCAGUACAUAUAUGUUACAUUGAGCCCGAGUUUUCUUGAAAGCCGCUCCAUUUAUUGAGACAAAAUUUUGAGACUGGCAAAAUUUUAAGUUUUCCCCUCUUCUAAAGAAAGAAACAGAGUCACUGUGUACUGAUGUUUCUGAAACUGCCUCCAAUUUUGCUCUUCAUGUGUUGAGCACGGUUGUAAAGAAUCUUCCAGAGAGAAAUGUGUGUGUUUUUCGGGAUCACCUUCCUUGUGCCUCACUACAUCCCGAAGAGGGGAUGACUUGUUAUUGCCACUUGCGUUGCUAGUAAAACCCACAAAUUUACUUUGGGAAUUUAUUUUACAUAUUGUGUAACAUCUGCAAUCCAGAAUGAUUUUAUAACAUAGCAUAAAACACAUAACAAUUUAGGAUUCACAAUAUUUGUUCUCCAAAUAAUGAGAGAAUGAAUGAGUCUUUUUGGGGAUAUUGAUAUAAAGCAAUUAUUUUUUGCAAUAUUGAAUGUGUUUUUUAGUUUGAUUUUUUUCUUUCUAGUAGGGCACUACUUUCCAUCAUCUGAUUACUUUUUGAUGUAAAGCAACUAAUAUUUACACUAUGCCAUAUUUUUUUUAUUGUAGUUGUAAAUUACGAAAGAUCCUCGAAUUUUCUAUAGAUCUACAACUACUAAAGUAACAGACAAGGGCAACCUUGGUGUUUAAUCUGAGCAUGGCAGUUCUACCAUAAAAAGUACUCUAUUUUUCUAAUUUCUAGAAUUUUUAAAAUGACAUUUCUGUAAGUCUGACAUACUAAUAAUAUUCACUUGAGCAGUACCAUUUAUUUUAGUUUGCAUAUAUUUUCAUUGUUUUUAAUUUAAUGUAAUGUACUGAGUCUAAUAGACUGUUUUGCAAUAAUUAGGAUAAAAGAUUUAUUUCUUCUAAUCAAAGAUGCAUAACAGCUAUUAUCUAGGGGACCACCAAAUGUGAUUUUAAGAUUUUGUUAAUUAUUACAAAUGUAAUCCUUACAUAGAAGUUUUAAUUUUGUAAAGUAGUGUAUAAUAUUGUAACAUUAAAUUUUUGUUCUCAGAUUCAAAUAUGUAUUGAUCUUCCAUGUGCUGUGUUAAGUCUUGCUUCUCUGAAAUGUUAGAGACAAGAUUUGUCUUCCUUUUUACAGUUUGUAAUUUUCACAGUUUUAUUCCUGUAAAGAAAAAAAAGUCAUUUGUUACCCAUGCAAUCGUUUGUUCUGUGCUAACUUAUCAAUUUGGCUAUUCAAUAAAGUUAAUUAAAAGAGCUAA